CCUUGUCACUCAAGAGGGGAUACGCUCUAUAUCGCUCUAUAUCCUCUGAAAUGUAGUAUCUCGGCCUUUCUUCCUUUGUCGUAUUCGCACGAAAGAAGAGGCAAUGGCGGACGCUGCUCCAGCCGCUCGUGGAGGUUUUCGUGGAGGUUUUGGCUCUCGUGGAGCAGGUGACCGUGGAGGCUUAAGAGGUAGAGGACGUGGUGGUAGAGGCAGGGGACGAGGCCGUGGUCGCGGCAAAGAAGACAGCAAGGAAUGGGUGCCUGUUACCAAGCUUGGUCGCUUGGUCAAGGAAGGCAAAAUUCAAUCCUUGGAACACAUUUAUCUAUAUUCCUUACCCAUCAAGGAAUAUGAGAUCAUUGAUAAGUUCCUUGGAGCAGAUCUCAAAGAUGAGGUCUUGAAAAUAAUGCCUGUCCAAAAACAAACUAGAGCUGGACAGCGUACCCGUUUCAAGGCUUUCGUUGCCAUCGGAGACAGCAACGGCCACAUUGGUUUAGGAGUAAAGUGCUCCAAAGAAGUAGCUACUGCUAUUCGCGGUGCUAUCAUUCUGGCCAAGCUGUCAGUAGUGCCAGUACGACGCGGUUACUGGGGUAACAAAAUUGGUAAACCCCACACGGUACCCUGCAAAGUCACUGGUAAAUGUGGCUCUGUACAAGUGCGUUUGAUCCCAGCACCUAGAGGCACUGGUAUUGUUUCUGCGCCAGUCCCCAAGAAGCUGCUGCAAAUGGCUGGCAUUGAAGACUGUUAUACCUCUGCCCGAGGCUCUACCUGCACGCUUGGCAAUUUCGCCAAAGCUACAUACGCCGCGAUCGCCAAGACGUAUGCCUAUCUGACACCAGAUUUAUGGAAAGAACAAGCUCUAUCUAAAGCGCCAUACCAAGAAUUCGCGGACUUUUUGUCUAAGAAUCACAAAGGAAGCACGAGAACAGCCGAUGUUGCUUAAAUAAACAUCUAGCUUCCAUGAGAGCUCAGAAUUAUAAAAAUA